AUGGAGCGCCUGGUAGAGGAGCUUCAAGAGCCGAAAGAAUCCACUCCAAAGAAGACACGGAAGCAGAGCACUCAAGUCUUGACGCCUGAAGAGCCCCCGGUCACCACCAAGCCGGCUCGAUCGAGCAUAAGCGUGGCCACGACAGGCCCUGCUCAGCGCUCACCAUCAUAUCCACCCUCACCAGCCUCAAGCUCAUCACGAACGACGAGGCCGUACUAUGCCGGGGCGUCAGAGGGCACAGUUGGGGUCUCGGGCCAAUGCUCUCUCUUUUCUAUUGAGGGAAUCACCAAGAUCGACACAUUAGUUGGUGACAAGCGCUUCUCCGAAGCUGUUCGAGCGCUCCUGCGAAGGAUACGAAGUUUCGCGCCCCAAAGAAGUCUUAACUUUGCUUCUUCCCCCAGAGACUACCCCUUCCCUCCUAACGAUGUCAUCAUCGGGUGUAUGAACGACUUCUUCAGAAAUCUCAACCAUGGCAUACGCCUCUUGCAGGAAAACAAGGUCCGCUCCGCAGUUCACGCUUACAUGUACGGCCAGCCGUGCAACGAGCCGGGAUGGAGGCUAGCACUCAACGUCAUCCUCGUGCACUCGAUGCGAUCGCGUGACUGGGCCGGCGACUCGAAGGAGUAUGAGCAUUAUCUCAACAACGCCCUCGCCCUGAUCCCGAACGCCAUCCUCGAGACCCCGAACCCGAUGACGAUAGGGGCUCUACUUUCACUUGCAAUGUACUUUAUCUUCGAGGCCGAGAACCACAUCGCGAUAUCCAUUCUGGCCUUCGCGAUCCAGUUCAUCCUGCUCGCAGGCUACCACAACCCAGACCACCCCUUCAAGUCCAUGCUCUCCGAGGCCGACAUCCUCCACCGCCGCCGCCUCUUCUGGCAAGCCUACGUGCUCGACCACGACCUCAUGCUGCGCAUCGGCAAGCCCCCCCUCAUCACCGACGACUUCCUCAUCGACCUGCCGGAGGAAUUCCCCCUGGACGGCUACGCGGUGUACUACUUCCCGGGCAACGUCACGCUCAGCUACUUCCACCAGCAGGUCCGCCUGUCCCGGAUCCAGGGCCACAUCUACUCGAAGCUGUACUCGCAGAGCGGCAGCAUCGUCUCGGCCGCGGCCCUCGAGCACGAGAUCGCGCAGCUGGACGCGGAGCUGCAGGAGUGGCGCGAGGGGAUCCCGGAGAUGAUCCGCCCCGAGCCGUCGAUGGAUCUGGUCGACGCGGACUACAACCGGAUGAUGUGCCUGAGCGUGCUGCAUUUCAUGUACUUCCAGAUGGUCGUCGCCAUCCACUCGGCGGCGUUCAGGUUGCCGCUGCUCGAUGAGGAGCAGGACUCUAUGAAGCCUAGCGUGGCGCUCUGCGUCAAUGCUGCGAGGGCUACUAUUGCGCUGCUGAGACAUCAGCGGCUCAGUCAUCCAUUCACAAUUUACCUCCUGUAUCAGGUCGCAUGGAGCGUCGACAUUCUCUUCGUCAAUAUCCUUGAAAACAGGACGCAGUGCAGUGCGCUUCAGGACCUCGAACUCAUCAAGAUGAUCCUUGAAUUUUUCGAGAGCUACGACGCCAAUCACCAGAAAGUAGCCUCUUACCACAUCAUCAAAGUCCUCUACGAAGUCGCCUCUUCAGUCGUCGUGGGCCUCGCCGAAGCUUGCACCUUGGCUCCGCCGACGACAACGACGGCGCCAAUACCGUAUCCCCAGCCUCUCGGCACGGAGACCGCAGGCGGCAUUGGCGUCCCUCCCACCACCACGACGUCUCCCUUGAUGAUGUCUGGGCUGGAGUUCGGCGGGGACUGGGGUAACAUCUCCCUAGGCGGCCACGAUUGGAUGACGGCGGGGUUCUUGCAGAUGGCGGAAUGGGGUCUGCCGGUCAAUCCGCAAUCUGUGUUGCAACCGUUCCCAGGUGCUGAGCCGCCGAUGAAUGGGGAUGGGGGGAUGAAUGGAUCGAAUUGA